CUGUCCUCUCUUCCUCUCCCUCUCUCGGUCCACACGUUUUCCCCUGCCCUCCCUCGACUUCUCGUGUGAAUCAAUCCUUCCACCCAGUCUUCUGACCGCCUACGUUUCGACGUCCCCCCACUCCAGUCGUCUGCUUUUCCUUUUCUCUCGGGCGGUCGUCUUUCCUUGAUCUCCUGCUACACUCCGGCGCUCACUGCCUCGCUCGUUGUUUCCCCAUGGCCGAAGAGAAAGAAAACCGCGGCGGAAGUCUUUGAUGAAGCGGAGGAGAACGGCUGGCAGCCGAUUGUGGACGCCGACGUGAAUGGCGAUCGGGUCAGCAAGCCCAUUGAACCUGGGACUAAGCUGAACUACGACCGAAUGAUGGCCCUCUGGGACGAGUAUGAACGGCGAAAUCCUGGCGUUAGUCCCUACGAUUUACGGGCCGCGAAGCAUUUCAUGGAGGGUGUUGUGAAGGCUGGUUUGAGUCUGUCCUACGUGAAGCAACAGUGGACAGACUUUGGAGCCGGUUGGAAGCGGCGACCUGGUAACCAGAAAAUCCCUCACGAGGUGUCGGAGUCAGUAUACUAUCACAUCGAAAUAGUGUUGAAGAAAAGGUUCAACCUCUCAACCGAACGACGGCAGCCGCAUUUCAUGACGGUGCCUCAUUUUAUUGUACUGAUGAAACACAAGUGGCAGAAGGAUUGGCACCACUAUACCCAUCCUAGAAGCCUGGUUCAGAAUCACGCGGCCUGUACCCUCUUCGUUUACACGCCGUCGAGAGUGGGAGAGAUCUUCGAAUCCAACAUGCGCCGCGGCUCCGGCCGAGGGUUACUAUAUAAGGAUAUCGUCUUCGUCGUCUUCAAGAAUGAGAAAGGAGAGGCGGAACUUGCCGUGCGGGCGACGCGCGACGCGAAAGGCUUCACUAAUAAGCCACACAAAAGGCCACAGCAUGGUAUGUACGAGGAUAUGCAGCCGCUGUACGCGAACCCGGUCCUGCCUCUGCUGGCCAUCGCCCUCGCCGAUGGCGCCUUCCAAGAUUACCUCACCUUCGAGGAAAUCGAGGCGAUCCCGGCCCCCGUCGAUGGGUCCUUACAUCAUCUUCGAAUUCGAAAAGAGUUGCACCGGGUGCCCUUUUUCCGGACCAUGUCUCCUGAAGGCCCGACGGGAAAGAUUCAACCUGCAGUUUCCUUCAGCAGUGGGCUGGUCGGCUUGGGCCAUCGAGCCGGGUAUGAAGAAAAUAUCCGGGUUCACGAUUUUAGGAGGGAGGUCCUGGUGAAGGCCGACGACAACGGCUAUUCGAUCGCCGAGAGAAUGAAGUUUGCUGGCCACGAAAAUUCCGACACAUUCUUCGGCUCGUACAUGCCUCAAAUUAGUACCGUCGACGGGCAAUCCAGCUACUGGGGUAAAGCGCGCCGCACUGUCUACCUCGAGGGCUUCCGCGGCCUCUCGCUGCAGCACCACCCGCAAAUGCUACAAUCACUGCCGGCGAAGGUGGAGGCGAAUCUGAAAGAGCGCGCCGACUUUGUCGCACUUAAUGAGGAGAUCGAGUCCCUCGGAGAACGAAUCCGACGCCUUCCAGUCGGGCACGACAGCAAGCGAGAACGGAUCCGCCGAGAGGAACUGUACUGGCAGAAACGCCAGAUGGUGUCGGAAGAGCUCAGCAGGUGGCAGGAGAUUCAACCCCGGAAGGUCAACCAGGACACCGAAACCGAGGCGUCGCCGGUCGCAUCGCUGCCCAGCUUCUUCGGCCGUGUCCGGCGGCUGGAUCCGCCUCGCGACCGUCUGGCCUCCUCUCUUUUCCUCGACGUCCCUCUCCGGAGUCCGGAGGGGCGGGCGGCUCUCCAAGACAUGAUUACUCUAUGUCGAGAGAACCCCAAGGUGACCUACCGCCCGAGUCUGCGUCCAGAGAGCGGCCGUUGCCCCGUAUCGACGUGCGCGGUAGAGAUGGAAAGCCUCCGUCUCGCGGCCCGAUGGGAUCACAUUUACCGGUGCCAUAAAGCUAGUCUCGAAGCCAAACAUGGCACGGCCGAGUUGUGCUUCCACUGUGAUGAGUGGGUCACCAGCAAGCAGGGCUGGCGCGAGCAUUGCCGGCGCCAUCUAAACGACCUCGAGUCACUCCCAAUCCAGUGGAAUCCCCUGAUCUUCCGUCAGACCUUGGCCGCAGCUGGUCACUGCCCUUUCUGCCUGUUCAACACGCUUCUCCCGCCCGACGAGCGGUUCCGUCAGUUCACGAAAAAGCUGCCCUGGCAGCAGCAUCUGGACAGGCAUCUUGACGGGCUCGAGAAGAAGGACGAGCUCGCUUUCGCGUCGGACGAGAUAAAGGCGACGCCGUGUCCCGACCCGCGAUGCGCGCUCUCCUUCGACACCGUCGUAGAUCUCCAAUAUCACGCCCAGGACACCCACUGUUACAAGCGGACCAAGUCCAGCACAAGCAAGCGACGUUGCCACACCAAUCGACCGCGUUCGAAAGCCAAAGAUAGCUUCAUCGCAUUCGCCCAGUCCGUCUACUCUUCUGACUCCCCAGGGGGCAAUCACCAAUCCUACUUUGUCGAGGAAGCCGUAGCGAUGUCCAAUUCCGACACCACCGAUCCUGCUGUCUCGCCGAGAGGCUGCUUCGACGCUCAGCUUUCCCCAACCGACCCGCAGCUGACGGGAGCAACUACUUCCAUCGAAUCCUGCAGCGGCCCACGCCCAGGCCCGAUCGACCCAAGUCUUUCCGGUCUGGAGAUGACGAAUCCCGCCUCGCCGAUAAGCCUGAGGACUUCGGACCCCGCCUCUGAACGCAAGUAUAGUCCGACCAGUCACAGUCCACCGGGAUCGGAACCUUGCACGUCAGAGGCGGUGGAAGCGCUAUGGCCCGUCGAGAUACCGAUCUUGCCGAGCUGGGCGGUCACGGAUGCGACGGCUCCAACUCCGUCGUCGGCGGGAUCCCAGCAAAUGAUUUGUAUCACAGUCAGCAAGGUGGCGGAUGCCGCCACGAUGCAAACACUCCUAGAGCCUCGCCCCGCAGUAGGCCAGUGGCUAGAUCGCCAGGCGGGAAAUCUUCUGCCCAAGGGAGCAAACAAAGUGGACGUUCGGACAGCGGAGGAUGCUCUGGCGUUCAGCGGCGACAAAUGUGCUGACCUCGACUGUGAUUUACUCCCAUCCUAUUGCCCAACCCCCAAUGACGCGAUCGAUUCCCUCGAGCCAGGAGACGUCGAUGUCGACGCCAUGUUUGGUCAGUAUUUAUGCUCGCCUUCGCCCUCGCGCUCACCUUCGCCAACGCCCACACCGACACCCACCCCUUUGCCGGACGACACGGCCAGCGAAUGGAGUGGAGCAACGUUCUUCAAUGCCAGCCGCGAUCUGUCUAGUAGUAGCUCGAAGUCGUACAAGGAGACAUCACGGAGCCCAGCUUCAGAAAUCUCGCCAGAGAAUGAGACAGCUCGAGAUCAAGAAGACCCUUGCCGCUCCGCGAAAAAUGGGGCUCGCAUCCAUCUGCAAAGGCCUGUCUAG